AUGGAUUGGCAUCAGACUCGCUCCGUCGAAUCUAACCCAAUUAAAACUAAAGCAGCCGAAGAUGCUCGUCAGAUGCAAGCAAAAGUCAUUGAACAAUGCCAAAAAUCUGGGAAAGAUCCACCGCCAUAUGGAUUAGAAGAGUUGAUAGGGAAAGGUAGCUUCGGACGAGUUUAUAAGGGAAAAGAUAUGAGAUCUGCUGCCGUGGUCGCCAUUAAGAUCAUUGAUAUUGACGAGAGCGAUACGCAGAAUCCUCGCAAUGCGGACGCAUACAGUGAUGUUCUCAAGGAGAUUGGCGCACUAUCUAUUUUGAGAGAGACUAAAGCAAAGAACAUAAAUCAUGUAAUUGAGGCUUUGGUAAUCGGGCAGUCAGUAUGGAUGAUAACAGAGCAUUGUGUGGGUGGUAGUGUCGCAACAUUGAUGAAGCCAACAUACCCCGCCGGACUCCAGGAAAAAUGGAUCAUACCAAUUGUAAGGGAAGUCGCCGAAGCUCUCAGAUACGUUCAUGCAGCUGGCAUUAUUCAUCGGGAUAUCAAAUGUGCCAAUGUACUCAUCACUGAACAAGGCGGUGUUCAAUUAUGCGACUUUGGUGUCGCUGGAGUUAUCGAUAGUAAGUUUGAUAAGCGAUCAACUAUAAUUGGCACCCCACACUGGAUGGCGCCUGAACUUCUCUCUGGAUCAGCUAGCUACGGUAAGGAAGUCGAUAUUUGGGCUUUCGGAUCCAUGGUUUAUGAAAUAGCCACCGGCUUGCCUCCGAAUGUUGCAAAUGGUAUUCCGUAUGAUAGGCUCGGAACCCACCUGAAACACCAUGCCCCAAGGCUCAAGGCUGGAGAUUAUUCUCAUGAGCUCUGUAACCUGGUUUCAUACUGCCUUGAAGAGGAGCCAUCAGCCCGUCCAAGUAUCGAAGAUGUGCAAAAGCAUAGUUAUAUCUUAGAUACGGAGUUGAGUUAUCCCACGUGUAGCCUCAGAGCUCUCGUCGGCUCAUUCAAAGUGUGGGAGUCACGAGGCGGUAGCAGAAAAUCUUUAUUCAUGCAACACGGUGCACAAGGACAUGCAUCAACAAAUCCUUCCGCGAACUAUGAAUGGAAUUUCAGCACUACAGAAUUCUUUGACAAGGAAGUUCUUGAUGAAUUCAGCGCCCGUGAUGUUUACGAUGCAUACGGCUCUGCGGUGCUCGAUUUUGAUGAAGAUACUGCAAAGCCGCAGCGAGUUUCAAGGCCCUCUAGGAGACGCGCUCCACCAGAGGCAUUAUCUCGAAUGCCAGCUCAACCACUUGAAAAGAUCUUUGAUCCUAAUACCCUAUCUAAUUAUGACGAUAAUAGCCGGGCACAAUACGGUGGUGCCAUGGUCAGGCUUAAUUCAGAUUUACCACUCCGUGAUAACUCGGCUCAACCUCCCAUCAGAGAUACUAUGAUUGAUCUUGACGAUCAUGAUAUAGGAGCUAGCCAUUCAAGCUACUCAGACAUGGCCACCAUUAAAGCUAGUAGGCAAGCUAGCAAUGAAGAUGAAAUUUCUUCAUUAUCAGGAGCUAGCGGUCAAUCCCCUAUGGAAGAUUUAACAGAGGGUAAAAAAAAUAGGCGAACCCAAGACUGGAAAUUCCCAACAAUGCCAGCAGUUUCUGAAGCCUAUCGAUCUCCUCAAGACUUUGAGGCUGAAGAUUUGAUAGAUCCCCGUCCUUCAUUAGUUCAUCAUACAACUGAACCCGUAAGCAUGUUUGGAGGAGCAAUGAGAUCACCAGCUUCUGCGACAGAUCGAAUGUCAAUACAAUCCCUAAUCGAUCUAGAUAUGAGCUUGCCUGAACCUAUACGUGGCUCUCCUAGACCCUCUACUGGCCUUUCGGAAACUGGAUCGAUUACCAGCGAGCCAGCUGCUAUCAUAAAUCCAUUUGAGUUUGAAAGACACCCAUCGGUAUACCACUCCUCAAGAGAGAGAGAGCCCUCAAUUUAUGUCGAUGAAGAUAAAAUAUCAAGUUCUCAUGCGCAGAUUCUAGGAUUGAGUGAUUCCAAUGAUUACUCUGAUACAGAAAGGACGCAAACGAAUUAUUCCCAAUUUGAUGAUGUACCUGAUGAAGAUCAAGCAUCGACCUCACCUCCGAUAUUGCACCCCCCUAUAAUGCCGAUACACCCGUCAGAGAAAAGCUUGAUGGGAACGGCAACAGCAGAUGAGAUGAAAUCCGAGUUUAGUCGGAUACUUCAAGGGAUGAUUCAACAGCUAGAUGCUUUUUGUGAUUCCUAUGACGCAGCAAAAUUACUCACGACAAAAAUUGAUGAACUUGUAGAUCAGGGAAAUGAACUUCAAAGGCGAAACUUUACAGAAUAA